AUGUCUCCGACGUGGUUCGCUGCGAUGGCGUUGCCAUCCUUGAGGACAGCCUCUCGGCCUUUGGGUCGGGCUGCCGUCAGCGAGACGCAGGAUAUCAUCACGCAGGUUUGCUUGACGCUGGCGUUGUAUGGGCGAUAUGCUGAUGUCCUCGUCAGUCGCAAACGAGGCAAUGCUUGGAAGCUACUAAGCGCCGUAACGCUGGCAUUCAUCGCCUCAUCCAUCGGAGCUGCUACUCAGAUGCUUGCAUUUGUGACUCAAUGUCCACUGAUUGACCUCUUCCCGACCGAUCCGAGGACUAUGGCCUAUCGCCUCGCUGUCCUGCACGUCGUGAGCUGCCGCAUCAACUACGUGCUCAGCGACGCGCUCCUGGUCUGGCGGGCCUGGGUACUGUGGCACGACCAGCGCGUCGUUCACGGACUGCUUGCCUUCUGUUUGGUUCUGAGCGCGAUCGGCGUCGUUUACGAGACCGCAUCCCUGCCUUCGCGCAUCUGGAGCAAUGACCUGCGCUCAACCCUGAUUAUCAACCUUCCCCUAUUGUUCACGAACGUGGUGGCUACAGCGCUCGUCGGACUACGCGUGUGGUUUUACCGACGUGAAGUUGCCGCUUUCAUUAGCCCGAUGCCAGUGUCCACUGGCACGCAUAUCGGAGGCGUGCUUAUGCUGCUGUUCGAAGCUGGCGCCGUGUACUGCGUCAUUUCCGUCGUCAACUUGGCCAUCGACAUCUCCGCCUCCUCAGGCUCCUCAUCUACGCCUGUCGUCUUCACAAACGCCAUGUUCCUGAUUGCGGGAAUUUACCCCACCCUCAUCGUAGUUGCGGUGACGGCGCAACAGCAUGCCGCCGCGAAGGCAACGAUGAGGAGCCCGGGUAGCUUCUUGGAGUCGAUGCACUUUGCGGCGCUCUCACAUUUCCCACUAGCGACGGCCAUCUUGGCAAAGAUCGAGAAGCGUGUGAUCAAAGUGAUAGAGCAGCAAUCUAACGAGCCUUCAAAGCUCAAGGGAGCAAUUUUGCGCUUUCGAGGCUUCCACAAUGUCCUCGCGCGGAUUCUGCUCAUCAUCUGCGCUGGAGACAUGCUUCGUGAGACUCGCGCACGGGCGCAUAUUAUAUGUCUAUCCGAGCGUAUCAAAGGAUCAAUCUGGCGUCCCAAUGCGAGUGGCCACGCCGCAGUCCAGAAGGCAGAUGCCGAGCCGCGUACUAGGGUGUCACGCUCGCCUUCCCUGGAAUCAGUCGGCAGCCUACAGUCGCUAGCAAGCAUGCAGUCUGCCGAGAGUAUCAACUCCUUCCUCAGCUCGGAAUCUCUCGACGAGCGGGGCGCCAAACCCUCAGAUCACGAAAAUCUGAACGACAUCGACAUGGGACGAACCAUCACCAGCAUCCCCAUCCCCGCGCCUUCGGCUUCUGACAGCGGCCAGGGCGCCGGCGAUCCUUCCUCAAAAAUCGGCGACUGGGUGAACACGUGUAACGAUGAACGUGAUGCUUCUGCAGCGACCAGUCCAUCCUCGAGACUCGCUGUAAAGCCAACUCUCUUGAACACUAAGAAGCACAACCGCUUCUACAUGGAUCCGAGGACCAUUCAGCUCGUGCUCGACGAUGGUACCCUCUAUCGCGUCUUCCGCCAGUCGCUCGAGGAGCAUUCCUCCGCGUUUGCAACGCAGUACCUCGCAAACUGCUCGGAGGACGAACCCAUCAAGCUUUCCGGCGUGUCUUCAGUCGAUCUCGACAGGUUUCUUUCGUUGAUGUAUCCGAGCGAACUCGCCACCUGCGAGCUUUCUACCGCCGACGAGUGGAUCUCCGUCCUACGCCUCGCGCACAAGUGGUCCUUUCCUGCCAUAUGCUCGCGCGCCAUCCGAGAAAUCAAAGUCGUCGGCACCGCUGUCGACCGAAUUGCAUCGGCUAGGGAGUUCGACGACCUCGACGAACUGCAGGAGUGGCUGCUUCCAGCGUUCACGGAGGCGUGCAGCGCUUCCGAUUGGCUUCAGACAACGACUUUGGGUGAUGCGGAGCGUCUUGGAGCGUGUACGCUCUUGCAUAUUGCACGUAUCAGGGAAGACGCACGCCGGACGAAGAAAAAGCUGGAUAGUCGCGCCAUUGAGCGGGCUAUCGUCGCGGCAGGACUGGCGCCUGCACCGCCGAUGGAGACCUGUAUGGAGCCAUCAGCGCCGCCAGCGAAUGUCACUCUGGCUAACCCGCCUGCCUCUGCACCUUUCGAAAUCCCCUCUGCCCCUUGUGUCGUCUUGAAGCCCACCACCACUCAUGACUCUCAGGGAACCAAAAGUGCAUCCCCUCCAUUCGCUCCUGUGGAUACUCCGAGCGUCAACCCGGCUGCACCGACUCCGCAGCGCCUCGACCCGUUUCUCCUGCAAUUGGUGGCCAAGCAGGGUCCGCUAAGCCACCAUCGCCCGUCGCCCCUCUCCCGGUGGUUGCUAACUACCCAUGCCUACCGCGUGUACCGAACGCUACAGAGCCUCAAUGCGCUCCAUCGGCUGCAGCCGUACCAAAGACCGUGA